AUGAAACAACAAGAUUUAAUUGAAUGGCAAUUAAUUAUUGAUUAUGGUUCAAAUACAGAAAAUAAUGAAAUAUUUCUUUUAUUUCGAUAUAUUAAAUCUGAAUUAAUUUCAAAUGAUAUUAUUGAAAAAAAUAUUGGAAAUUGUUUACAAAACUACUUCGAUACAGCAUUAUCUAAUCUUUUCCAACAAUUAAUACUUCGGUUUCAAUCUAUUCAAUUCAAAGAUUUGAUUAGAGAUAAAACAUCGGAUAAACUAUUAAAAAUUAUCGAUAGACGAGUUAAAAUAUGA